AUGGAGGAAAUAGGUGCUAAUGUAACUGUUAACACCUCCAUUCUCUGUGGCAAUAAUUUCUGUAAAAUUGCGAAUUACAUAUGGAUUAUCAUUUCACCUGUUAUUUUCGUUUUCGGGUUGACCGGUGGAUUUCUUAUAAUUUUAGUGCUUAUUCGGAUAAAAUUCCAGCGAUCACCGCUGAUGUUCUUUAUAUUUAUCCUAACUGUGACAGAUAUGACAAUUUUGUGUGUCGGUCUUGUAAGAAUUUGGAUUUUAGAAACAUGGAACUUCGACAUUAGGUCAUUAUCAGAAGCAUCGUGUAGGCUUUUGCAUUUUCUUAUCUAUUUCCUGAUGCAAUAUUCUUCAUGGAUACUUGUGUUUGCAACCUUAGAGCGUUUUAUCAAAUGCAGAUAUAUAAUGUAUAAAUCAUGGGUUACAAUGAAGAAAUGUAUCAUUAUAGUGAUACUUCUAUUCAUCUUUCUUGCAGCUUUAAACUCACAUUAUUUUUGGACACAUAGUUUUGUCAUCACAGAAAACAAUGUUUCUAGUUGCAAUGUAACACCAGGGUAUGAAACGUUUGAUGACUGGUACAUCAAAAUUGACCUCUUUAUCUUGUGUGUAAUUCCAUUUUGUAUCAUGCUUUCUCUGGACAUAAUAAUCAUGAAGAGUUUGAAAGCAGCACGUACAUUCCGGCGAUCUUCUGUAGCUGCACCACAGAUGUACAGCAGGAUGAAAAAGGUGGACCGAAAAUUGACCAAAAUGUCAGUCAUCACUAACGUUUACUUUCUCGUAUCUACACUACCCGUUUCCUUAUUAUUUAUUCUGACUGUGUAUCUUGACAGUGCAACUGAGCCUUUGUUUUCAAUCUUUACAUUGUGUGGAAGCAUAGUAUAUACUUUACAAUAUAGUAACUAUGCCGUGAACUACAUAUUUUACACAAUUUAUGAUAAAAGGAUCAGAAAACAGCUCACACGACUUUUAAGAAUCGCCAAGCCUAGGUUUCGACAAAAAGGCAGCCAGUACACGCUACGGUCCAGUUCCAUGGAGAUGUCGCAGUCGUUUUCAAAUGCCUCCACUAACGUAUCCAUUAGAAGUAUUUCAGAGAAUGUCAGAUGA